AUGACUUCGAAUCACCAUACCUCGUAUAUCUUUGUUGUUGGGGGCACUGGAGCUCAGGGAAUCCCGGUGAUCCGAGGCCUCGUCAAGGAUAAAAAGUACAAAUGCCGAGUCUUAACCCGGGAUCUCACUUCGGCCAGGGCAAAGGAACUGGUGGCACUUGGAAAUGUCGAGUUGGUUGAAGGCACUUUCGCCAACGAAGAAGACCUUCGAAAGGGUCUCCGCGGCUGUGACGGUGCUUUUGUGAACAUUGAUGGUUUCAACUGUGGAGAGAAGACAGAGAUAUUUUGGGCCAUCCGGGCCUACGAGCUGGCGCUGGAAGAAGGUAUCAAGUUCUACGUCUAUGGCAACCUCGACUAUGUCUACAAGAAGAGUGGCUAUGAUCCUAAAUUCAGGACCGGCCAUUACGACGGCAAGGGAAGAAUAGCAGAAUGGAUCCUCGCCCAGAACAAGGUCAACAGUCACAGGAUGGGCGUGGCCGUGUUCACUACCGGGCCAUACAUUGAGAUGUCGAUCGCGAGAGGGACCAUCUUCACGCCGACCAUCGAAAAUGGCAUUGCGACCUGGCGAGUACCAUUGGGGAAUGACGGCGGUGUCGUCCAUGUGGCGUUGGACGACUGCGAGUUCUACGGCCGAUGGCUGUUUGAUCAUCCUGAGCGAUCGAACGGCAUGGAUCUGGAGGUGGCCAUCGACCACAUCAAUUAUGAUGACCUGGCCAAAGCCUUUGAGAAAGUCACCGGGCACCCGGCUCGAUAUAUUGAGACAGACCUUGACACGUACUGGAGCACCGGAAACACGGCGCGAGCUGCCAACACCGCGAGCGGUUACAAUGCGGAUCCCAAGGAUGCUGCGACCAUGACAUUCCGCCAGAAUUUUACGGGCUUCUUCAACAUGUGGAAGUACUCCGGCCGCAACCAAGGUGUCAUUCGUCGGGAUUAUAAACUGCUCGACGAGAUACAUCCAAACAGGAUCCGAAGUGCAGAGGAGUUUUUCAGGAUCGAGGACGCGAAAGGAAAGGCGGCGGGAGUAGGCAGUCUUUGGGACCGCGUCCAGCCAGAGAACCUUCGACCUAUCCUCAAGCUUGCCGAAGAUGGAAGGAAAGGAAAGUUGUAG